UCUUAUUCUGGUUGUUUCAUCUGAGCUGCAUAUUUACUCCCUCUUCCCGUUUUAUGUGACACACUUUUUUUAGUUGUCCUAAAAAAAUGACAUUUUUUUAUAUUUAAAAAUAAUUUUACUUUAUUCUAUUUUAUCAUAAGUGAGAAAUUUGUAUCUGUCUGUCUCAUUUUACGUGGCACACUUUACUUUGUUCUAACAAAAAGUAUAUUUUUAAUAUUUAAAAAUAAUUUAAUUUUAAAUUUUCAAUUUUACCUUAACGAGAUGAUUUAUAGUCGCACGAAUGUUCAUGACUUGUGUUACAAAAUGUACAUAGACACAGAUUCAUAUAGUUAGCACAAUCAUAGGUAGGGAUAAUUAGGGAUUUUUGAUUUUAUUUCCUUAAAUAGAUUCACUUGUACACCUACAAAUAGCUCUCAUUCUUUGAAUAACAAGAGAAGUAUAUUGCUCCAUUAUAUCUAUAUUUUACAUGGUGUCAGAGCCUGUCUAUUCAUGUUUGGCUCCUAUGAUAUAUUGUCCACGCUCCAAUUGAUGGUAUGGGCGUGCGAUGGGGGUGUUAGAGUGGGUUAGAGUCCCACGUCGGUUGGGGAAUGUAGUGGUUAUCUCCUUAUAUGGAUUUGGGCAAUCCUCCUCUCAUGAGCUAGCUUUUGGGGUUGUGUAGGCCCAAGUGCCAUAUCUUACAACUUGUAUUAGCUGCUAUUUUCUUGUAUACUGGUAUAAAGGAUUUAUGUGCCAGGGUAUCUGGAUUUUAGUUUGUGUUUCUUGAAUUUCUUUGCUUGGUUGAGUUUUUGACCUUACUUGAAUUUAUUUUCUCCAAUGUGAUAAUUUCCACUAUUGCAUAGUUUGGCAUUGCCAGAUAUAGUGAAGAAUCAUAUAGCCAGCCCACUUAACUUAGGUCAUUAGGUGUAGUUGUUGUUCUUGUUGUAUAUUGGGUAUUGAGUCCUUCUUGAUUUUAGUUUCACUUGAAAAAUAUUUAGAGAUAUUUUUAUCCUCUUGCCCUUGGAUCUUAUUUCAAAUCUCAGUACCUCAAAAUUCUGCUUGAUAGGAAUGUUUCCCCAAUUAAGUGUAAAGUACUUCUUUUAUUUCAGUCAGUCCCUCGAGGAUUAAUCAUUGCCGAAUGCAGCUGGUAUUUAAUUGAAAGAGUCCAUUUAAUUUGAUUCUUUGAAACAUUUCUGAGAAAUGAAAGAUUGGUUAGAGAAAAAAAAAGUACUUUGAGUUUGGACGGGUAUGGAACAGUCAAAGGAGGAAGUAGAGGCAAAUGAUGUUGCUGCUAGUGCGCUACUUAAAACGAGGGAAUGUGAUAUUUCUGUUGAACCAUCGAUGGGGAAGUGUAUAAAUACCAGUCAUGAGUUGGCGGAGGGAUCAACUUCUGCCAGUUCGGCAAUGAUGGAGGAUGAUGAUACGAACAGAUAUGCAAUGCCUGUGAAGGAUCCUCAGCCCGCCAGUACAAGCUCUUACUCGAUGAGUAGUUCAAGGCUCACCAUUGAAGAGUUAGUUAGGAGUAAUUACAAUAUUCCUGAACCAGUUACUCUUAGAAAUUACUCUGAUAAUUGUGAAAAAAAUCACAAGCCACAAAUUCAAUGGCAACAUUCCUAUCAAUUGGGGGGUGGCUCUAGAGCUGUGAAGGGCGAUGUAGAUCCUUCUUCCACAGACAAGAAUUUGCUAGCGCUGAAAGAGUUGAAGCAUGCAUCUGAUAAAGAUAUCAAUGUAGGCUCUAAUGCAGUCUCUUCCCAAUCAAAAGAAGACCAUAACCUAACCAUUCCAAGCAGUAGAUUACUUCCAGGAAAUAGUGGAUCAAAACUUUUAUCUGCAUCUGGCUUUUCUAAGUUUUUCGCUAACCGAUCUCUUAAAGGCAAAGAUGUUGAUGCACCAAAAGGCACUUCACUUCAUAAAGAAGUUCAUAGCGUCUCAAUUCCGCAGAAUAAGUACGAGUAUGAGCAAGCUUCCAUAAGAAUGGUAUCAUCUGAUGCAUCGUUUAAGCCAGGCGCUAACUCUAAUCAAGCACCACUUAGUUGUAACAGUCAGGAAAGAGAAAGACCAACUUCAACUCACAAUGGAGUUACAUUGAGAGAGUGGAUAAACUCGAUGGGAUCACGGAUAAAGAAAGCUGAGCGGAUUCACAUAUUCCGGCAAAUUGUGAAGCUAAUCGAUAUUGCACACUCCCAAGGAAUUGCCUUUCAGGAUUUACGGCCUUCCCGUUUCAUUUUACUUUCACCUAAUGGUGUUAAAUAUAUCGGUCCAUCUAUCCAAAUAGACUCCAUGUAUGUCGUAAAUCAGAAUACAAAUGGGAAAAGGCCAUCCAACCUGGAAAUGCAUUCUCAAAACAACUCGGGUGCAAAGCUGCUGAAGGUCAGUGAUGACAUGGACUUGAUGAGAGAGCAGCCUGAAUAUGUUUCCAGAUAUGUCGUUAGAGAUAUUAAUAGUGAAACCUUACUGGAGUCUGACACUAAUUACUUGGAAAAGAAGUGGUAUACUUGUCCGGAAGAACUCAAUCACAGAAGCCUAGCAUCAUCUAAUAUCUACAGUCUCGGGGUUCUUCUUUUUGAGUUGCUCUGCUGUUUCGAAUCACCAGCGGCACAUUCUGCAGCAAUGUUGAAUUUGCAUAGUCGCAUUCUCCCACCAAAUUUCCUUUCUCAGAAUCCCAAGGAAGUUGGCUUUUGCUUCUUGCUGCUUCAUCCUGAACCUUCUUCUCGUCCUACAGCAAGGGAAAUCCUGCAGUCUGAAUUAAUUUAUGGAACUGAAGAAGUAUGUAAAGUAGAUGGUGUGCCAUCAAUUAUUGAGAAGGAUGAUGACCCUGAUUCAGACAUCUUGCUCUAUUUCCUAGUUUCACUGCAGGAGGAAAAUCAGAAUAAUACCUCCAAGUUAUUACAAAGAAUAGAGUGCUUAGAAGCUGAUAUCAAGGAGGUCGAGAAAAAAGAUGGCUUUAGAACUUCAAAUUUGGUGGACAGAGACUUCCAUAAUACGCGGCAGGGAUCCUACUUUAAACAUCUCAAGUCUAAUGACCGUCUUUCUAUGAAAAACAUGACCAAUGAAAAGCUGAUUAAAAAUUUUUCUCAGCUUGAAAGUGCUUACUUCUGCAUGAGAUCGCAAAUCCAACUUGCGGAAAAUGAUACGAUAGGUCGACCAGACAAGGAUUUGUUGACAUGUCGUGAGAGGUUGUCCCAGGUUUCAACAAAAGUUGUGGAGCCUAAUCUUAAAUCUGUUGAUCGUGUUGGAGCCUUCUUUGAAGGUGUUUGUAAAUAUGCUCGCUACAGCAAGUUUGAGGAAUACGGGACAUUAAGAAAUGGCGAUCUUCUCAACUCUAUAAAUGUGAUCUGCUCCCUUUGUUUUGAUCAUGAAGAGGACUAUAUAGCUGCUGCUGGUGUUUCAAAGAAAAUCAAAAUCUUUGAAUUUGCUUCACUUUUGAAUGACUCUGUCGAUCUUCAAUAUCCUGUGGUUGAGAUGUCAAACGAAUCUAAGCUUAGCUGUCUUUCCUGGAAUAAAUAUAUGAAAAACUAUCUGGCUUCAACAGAUUAUGAUGGCGUAGUCAAGAUGUGGGAUGCAAGCACAGGUCAAGGAUUUUCACAAUAUGUAGAGCACCAGAAGAGGGCUUGGUCGGUCGAUUUUUGUCAAGUAGAUCCCACAAAGUUUGCCACUGGAAGUGAUGAUUGUUCCGUAAAAGUGUGGAAUAUUAAUGAGAGGAGUUCUGUGGAUACAAUCUGGAAUCCUGCCAACAUAUGCUGUGUGCAGUUCUCCGCUUACUCCUCUCAUCUGUUGGCUUUUGGAUCUGCUGACUACAAAAUCUACUGCUAUGAUCUUCGCCAUACUAGGAUUCCGUGGUGCACUUUAUCAGGACAUGAGAAGGCUGUUAGCUAUGUAAAAUUUGUAGAUUAUGGUACCAUGGCUUCUGCAUCCACAGAUAACACAUUAAAGCUAUGGGACCUUAAGACAACAAGUUCGGAAGGACUGUCCUCAAAUGCUUGCAGCUUGACUUUCAAGGGGCACACCAAUGAGAAGAAUUUUGUCGGGUUAUCAGUUUUGGAUGGAUACAUUGCAUGUGGUUCCGAAUCUAAUGAGGUAUAUGCUUAUCAUAGAUCUCUACCAAUGCCAAUUACUUCGUAUAAAUUUGGAUCUGUUGAUCCUAGCUCUGGCAAUGAAGGUGAGAGUAAUGGGCAAUUUGUUUCAAGUGUUUGCUGGAGAAGAAAAUCUAAUAUGGUAGUUGCGGCAAACUCAACUGGAUGUAUAAAGCUGUUGCGUUUGGUAUGAAUUAAAGCUCAUAUCCUCUGAAUCUGAGCUAUGCUGUCAGACGUGUUCUGCAACUAGCUUCAGGACUAAUGAAUCUAGGUGUGGAAGAUUGAAGCUGAAUUUGUAGUUGUGGGUUAAAUGCAAUGGACCUUAGAAUAGGAAGACAACUUUUUUAGGAGCCAAAAGUAUUCAACUCUGAUGAUGGAAAUGGAGAUGAAGCAGUUCUGGCCUCAUUCGGUGCUUCUUUGCGAAGAGAUGACAUCAGCAUUGUUGAGAAAUUUUGCUUUGCGUGAUAAGUUUUCUGAAUCUGAGAUCUCUUAAACUGAAAGUUUCUUCUUCAAAGUCUGUAGAUACAAUCCUCUCCUUUCAGUUGGUGAUCUGCCGUUCCACAGUCUGAAGCUGCAUCACGUCCUGAUUCAGAAUUUGUCUCCACGACUCGUGCUUUGUUUUCUUUCUCAAUCACCUUGUGAGCAAUCAUUUGGAAAAGUAUAUAUGUGUGACAUAAAAGGAUCAAAACAGAAUUUUCCAGGAGGAAAAGCUCCGUAAGAUCUCAGCCUUAUGUCACUAUAGUCAACUGGCGGUGAUGGUGAAUCCAUUUGGCUGUGCUCAGAGUUCUUCAGUAAGAACGCCUUUACAUAGCAGGGAAUCUUGUAGAUGAAUGAGAAACUUAUCCGUUGAUUUGGAUCAGUGUGCCAAGACUCCUUUGUCAAGCUUGUCACAUACUUUGGUAAGCUAAGGAAGCAAUGGCUUCUCUCCUCUCCUUUUGUUUUGGCGCAUUUUGAGAUGUCUCUUGCAAUCUGGAAGCAUUAGAUCAACUAUGAAUUAGUGGAAAAACAGUUAGAAAAGCAACUUGUUAUACAUGCCAUGCUAGCUGCUUGUCUACUCUUCACUCCCUAUCGAUUCAUUUGACAAUUUGUUGAUAUUGCUCAGGCGUAAUUUGUUGAUGUUGCUGUUGAAUGAUACCUCAGUGCCUCAGUCAUAUUCACAUUAUUGGCAGCAUUUGAAGUCUUGGCUCUCUUGUAGUUAUAAUUGUUAUUUCCAAUGUAAUUGUCACUCCUACUAUUUCUUCUCCUCUUACUGAACUUGAAUGCAUGAGAGUAACCAACAAGCUUGUAACAACUCUCUUUCUAAUUAUGUCACAGAAUUUCAUAGUA